UAUUCCUCAAAACAUCUUCGCACAAAAACAACAAUUCUCUUCUUCAAUUAGCUCCAAAGAAUAGAAAAUAUAAUGGCUCCUUCAGUUCGUUCAGUUGCAGUUCCCAUGCUCUUUGUGUUGUUCCUCGUUGCUACUGAAAUGGGAAGCAGCGAUGCGGCUCUGUGCGACAAGCUGAGCGCGGGUUUCAAGGGGUAUUGUGGGCGUGACAGUGACUGCCACAAGCAAUGCGUUCAAUAUGAGCACUUUUCGAACGGCGAAUGCAAACCCACUGGGUCCGGCUUCUUCAAGAACUCCAAGUGCUUCUGCAAAAAGCCCUGCUAAUUAUGUAUGUAUGCCGACUUUAUUUAAUUUGCUUCAUAUAUAUGGAAAUAAAUAAAUAAAGGGAAACACUUAUGCACCCCAUUUUUUGACAUCUCGAAAAAAUUUCACGUGACAAUUGAUGUUGUCAAGAAUUUUAUUUGAUGUCAAAAAAUGAUGUGCGGGCACAAGGAAUGAUCCAUGAAUAAAUAUAGUAAUGCUACAACUUCAUGUUAUAUACAUAUACACUAGUCAUGACACGCCCGUUGCGCGGAAUCGAGUGUCCAGUUGUAAACUUGUGAUUUGGUUCAAUAAUAAACUUUUGGGGUUUAAGGUUCUAUUCGGUAUGUGUUCGUUUAUGUUUUGUAUGUCUUGUAAUCAUAGAUGGCAUAAAUUAAUUAUGUUGUG